AGAGCUCAAGAUGCAAGCAGUACAAUCGCCCUGCUUUAGAUAGUCUUACGAACGCCGCGGAAUCUCAUGGAGGAUCAUGCCGAGAUUCGACAUCACCUGGAGGUAGUAUUCGAGGCCGACAGUGGCCAUCGUCGAAAAUCCUCGUUUGUCUCUCCUGAUACCCCGCGCCUUGCUCGUCGACAUGAGACACAGACAUCAGACCAAGCGGCUUGUUUCGUGCAUUCUCUGCUGGGACAGCCUCGAGGGGUACAGCUAGACCAUAUCGAUGAGCAUGGCAAGGCUGUCACUCCGCCUGUUGGCCAACAGCCCGGAGACGGUGGCAAAAGCCCUUCUGGACCGUCACGGCUUCUGACAAAGAGAGAGCUCUCUGAUAUGGCGUGGAACGUGCGUGCGUUGUCAAAGAAACUGGGCAGUUUGAAGCUGAAACUCAACGUCCAUAGCAUAUUCAUCUUGACGAAGCCGCAGGACCAGAGUUUGGCUCGAUUGACGAAGGAGGUUACGGGCUGGCUCCUCGGGCCUGACCAGAGAAUACCAUUUACAGUCUACGUGGAGAAGAGGCUGGAGAAUGAUAAGCAAUUUGACGCACAAAGCAUAUACACUCAGGAGCCGUCCGCGAAGCAGAGACUGAAGUAUUGGGAUAACUGUCUCAUCGAGGAUCAUCACCAUCUUGUCGAUUUCGUUAUCACACUUGGUGGCGAUGGGACCGUCUUGUACGCGAGCUGGCUCUUCCAACGUGUAGUGCCGCCAGUCCUAUCCUUCUCUCUGGGAUCCCUAGGCUUUUUGACGAAAUUCGAUUUUGAUGACUACAAGGAAACCCUGCAACGGGCCUUUACUGAAGGAGUCACUGUCAGCUUACGGCUACGGUUUGAAUGUACUGUAAUGCGGAGCAGGCAGAGAUCAUCCGGCCAACCUCAGAUAGAAAGGGAUCUGGCUGAAGAGCUGAUCGGUGAAGAGUCAGAUGAUAAUGUUACCCAUUCUCCGGAUAAGAUGUUUCAAAUUCUGAAUGAGAUUGUUGUUGACCGUGGACCGAAUCCAACAAUGUCGUCCCUUGAGAUAUUCGGAGACGAUGAACACUUUACAUCCGUUCAGGCCGAUGGAAUCUGCGUUGCUACUCCCACGGGCUCUACAGCAUAUAACCUUGCCGCUGGCGGCUCUUUAUCUCAUCCCGAAAAUCCCGUUAUUCUUCUUACAGCAAUUUGUGCUCAUACUCUCAAUUUCCGCCCAAUUAUACUUCCAGAUACUAUAGUACUCCGUAUAGGGGUUCCAUAUGGCGCCCGGACGAGUUCAUGGGCGAGUUUUGAUGGCCGUGAAAGAAUUGAGCUACAUCCCGGAGAUUAUGUUACAAUAUCUGCAUCCAGGUUCCCAUUUGCCAAUGUGAUACCCUCUGGCCAUCGCAGCUAUGAAUGGAUACAAAACAUUUCUCGCACGUUGAACUGGAAUAGCAGGUAUAGGCAACAGAAGCCGUACGAAAGUAAGUACCUUGACCAGGUUCACGCUCCUUAG